UCCCCCAAGCACUUCGGCCCUGUUAACUCUUUUUUCUAAUCCCUCCAUAAACACCCUUCUACGUUCCCUCGAUGGCGUCGCAAACCCCCAUCUCCCCACUUUCUCUGCCAGUGGACUCCCCUAUCGAGAACCUUUUCGACUUCGACGCUUGCUCUGAACCCUCUGUUCCCGAGAUCAUACACUCAGAACCAUCUCCUCAGCUGAGCUCGGGUACUUCUGAACAGCUGAUCACACCAACGUUCUCGCCCAGCAACGCCCUCCCGCAGUUCAACCCAGUCAGCAGCGAUACACCGGAUCUCCCGUGGCUCGACGAGGUGCUCGCCAAGUACAGCUUUCCUGAUUUAGACGGUGGCUAUAGCAAUCUGUUGCUGGACGGUCUCGAUCCCCGUGUGCUGCAAAACGUGAAUCAUACCAAUAACCACGGUGGUAGGUGGCCCAACCAUAUGCCGUCACCAGCCCAGUCACAGGGGUCAGUCCCUGCUAUUGAUCCUCACCUGUUUUCGGCAGAAAUGCUCUCGCCAAACCUCCCUUCCUUCGGAGAUAUGGAAGAGAGUGAUGAGGAGGAAGAAGAGGAAGAGGAAGAGAAUAGAAGCUCUAAGAGCCGUUUGUCUGCGUCUAGGAGGGGUGUGCCGUCCGGUGGCAUCGAAAAGAAGGUUGCCACCUCCGGCAAAGGCAAGGAACUGAAAAAGGAGAAGAAGGAGAUGACGUUGGAGGAGUACAAGAAGUUGGAUCCUAAGUCGAAGCGUCAGGAGCGGAAUAAGCGUUCUGCUCAGAAGUUCCGUGAACGCCGUAAACAGUAUAUUUCUCAACUGGAGGGCACUGUGUCGGACAAGGAUCGCAUGCUCUCCGCCAUCCGUGACGAAUUGGCCUCCUACAAGAGAGAAAAUAGCGAACUUCGGAACGAGAUCGCAACACUUCGCUCGGCCGUACUCGAUGGUCGCGCAGCUGCAAGCAAACCUUUGUCAGCUCCACAGUCGGAGAAUGUUCUCGUUCGCCAGACGCCCACGCCAAUGCCCAUGGUGAAUCCCUACAAGGACAUAACCCCCAGCUCAAUGUUCUGGGGCGGCGCUUCCAUGAACGGUGGGAUCACUUCUGUUCAUACGACUCUCCUUCCAGAUCUCGCAUCCAACGGAAGUCUUUCGGCCACUCUCGCAGGUAAAAUGCCUCCAACCUCGUCCUUCAACAUCAAUCCUCUCCUCAAUUCACCCCCACCUCCUUCAACUAUCGUACGCGGAUUGGACCCAUUACCGAAUUCCUUCGAUUCCUUUGCAGAGGAGAAUGCAUUCAGUCUCAAAUCAAUCGAUACGUACCGCAUGCAUUUAUGGUCUCGCCUGGCGAAAGAAGCUGGUGCCGUGGAUGCUCAGCGCGAGCGAGACAAUCUGGACACAAAUCCGACCAUCUCCAGUCUCGCGAGUUCCCUUCGCCCAGCCUUCUUCUACGCGGAGGCACGGGACGAGUCCUCGAAGAAGGCUGUUACCAAGAAGGCACAAUUGCCCACUCCACCAUACUCGCCUGGUCCUGGUGCGACGGACGCCGAGAUGCGACAGGCAUUCUACGUUGCAACAUUGGCAUCUCAGACCCUUGUUUCCAAACUAGGUGCUGCUUUCUGGGAGGCAUUCUCCGAGCCGGCAGGACCCGCUUCAUCACUUCUGGACGCGGAGAAGGUGCGCGCAGUACUAGAAGGCAAAGCAGUGGUCCGCGUUGUCAAGGUGGAGGAGGAUCCUACAGAUUCUCUAAUUGAGAAAAUGAGCUGCAUGUCCCUGAAAGAUGCGACAAAGGAGGUGAAUCGCAAGAUCGGGCCUCGGUGUAUCAGACCGAAGGAUUGCGUUGCUUCGGUCCGUGGUGUUGGAGGGUUGUUCACACACGUGCAGUCUGUCUGGCGGGAAGCGCCGGCGAUGAGACGCUAGACACUUUCGCUGUGGUUUUAUUCUUCACUUCCACUUGGUGCGUCGGCGACAGCCGCGUCUGUGCCUUAAUACUGCAUCUCAUCAGGUUUGGCAAGGCCCUGCCAGCCCCACUCAUCCUCAUCGACUGCAUUUAUUGAUUGCUUAUCCUGCUGUAUUGUACUACCGAAUACUGCGCAAUGUUGACACCG